AUGAAGAAGCAGAUCAAGUGGAAGGCGCACAAAGGCGUUGUGCUGUGCGCGGACUGGUCGCGCAUGAGCGGCAUGAUCGUGACGGGCGGCGAGGACGGCGUCUACAAGGUGUGGGAUCCCUAUGGCUGCAGCAUCUUCGUCGCUGCCGCUGGCGAGCACCCCAUUACGUCCGUGCGCUUCGCCGCGGAUGGUGAGAGCUUCGCCGUCGGCUCCUUCAUGAACGUGCGUGUGUGCGACAAGACCGGCUGGAGCCACUCCUACGAGCGCACCACCGAGGGCAGCGCGAUGGCGCUGGACUGGAUGCCAGAUGGUACGCAGAUGAUCCUCGGCAACGGCACUGGCGCCCUUAGCAUUGCGCAGAUCGUGGACCGCAAGGUGAGUUGGGGGCCCUACACCGUCACCCUCCUUGAUAGCCGCCGGCUUACCGUGCAAGACGUGGUCAAAGACACGGUUCAGGAAAUCGAGCUGGCGGACAAGGUGAUCAAGCUAGAGCUGGGCUGCGGCUACCUCGUCGUGUGCACGACAACGCAGUGCUGCUGCUACCCCAUGGACCGCUUGAACGCGCCAGUGCAGUUCGACCUGCGCGACCCCGUCAUCUCCAUCAUUCUCGGGCCGCGCCAGUUCCUGCUGGCCGACUGCAGCCAGGGGCUGCAGGUGUACUCGUACGAGGGCCGCCAGAUCAGCGUGCUGCGCCUGCAGGUCACACUGAAGCCGGAGAUCAUGACAACAAACCUGCUUUCGCUGUCCCCAGAAACCGUGGCAAUGCGUAACCCGGCCGACGCUAAGCGCAUCCUCUUCUUCGAUGUGAGCAGCGGCAAGCCCUUCGACGCCGCCUCCGUGGCCCAUCACCUCGACAUCGUCUCCGUUCACCUCUCCCAGUCCGGCUCCCUGCACGACCGCAAGAUCGCCUUCAUUGACCGCAACAACGACUUGUACUUUGGCCCCGUGCACACCCAACUCGGCUUUCAUAAGCUGUCGACGAUGACGACCAGCGUGGCAUGGCACGACUCCCACGAAACCCUCGUCGCCAUCGCAGACGGUCACCUUGCAACGUGGUACUACCCUUCCACCAUCUUCACCGAUCGCGAUUUGCUGUCGCUCACCAAGACCGUGCGCGACGGCGGCCACACCGAGUUCACGCGGAACGACCGCAUCACACACUUUCACCACACCCGCGUCCUGGUGCGGCGCGGUGGCGAUGGUGCGUUGCUGACGCUGCCUGUCUCGCCGUACACCGUGAUGAUCUUCCAGCUUGUCACGCAGAAGAACAACUGGGACGGCGCCACACGACUGGCACGUUUCCUGAAGGACCCGUUGUUGUGGGCGGUGCUGACCGCUCUGGCACUGCGAGCCGGCGAGCUGAACGUGGCCGAGAUCGGCUACGGCGCUCUCAGCGACCUGGCCAAGGUGCGGUACAUUCACUACAUCAAGGGCAUCCCGACGCCGGAGGCGCGGCAGGCGGAGCUUGCACUUUUCCAGCACCGCCCCGCCGAGGCGGAGCGCAUCUUGCUGCAAGCCGGGCUCGUCUACCGCUGUAUUGACAUGAACACACGUCUGUUCAAGUGGGAGCGGGCACUGGAGAUCGCAAAGGAGCGCAAGACGCAUCUGGACACGGUGCUGGGCCGCAGGGAGCGCUACCUGCAGGAGGUCUCCCAAAAGGAAAUGCUCGCCCCGUUCAAAGACCUCUCCGGCAAAGUGAAGGUUGACUGGGCAGUGAUUGAGGAGAAGGUGAAGCAGGAGGUCAUCAAGGAGUCGGAGCGGCCCAACGCGAAGCCAUAUGCGUAG